AUGGCGCAGCGAACCGUCCUCGUCACCGGUGCUACCGGACUGCUGGGCAGAGAAGUGGCCGCCGCCUUUCGAAAUGCCAGCGGAUGGACCGUCAAGGGCUCGGGCUACUCGCGGGCAGAUGGCGUUGACAUCAUCAAGCUCGAUCUGCAGGACGGAGCUGCCAUUGCCAAAUCAAUAGACGAGAUACGACCUCAUGUGGUAGUUCACUGCGCGGCGCAACGGUUCCCAGACAAGGUGGACAAGGACCCGGAGGCGGCCCGGAAGCUCAACAUCACCGCCAGCAAGUCGCUCGCCAGCGUUACUGCUGCGCGGGAUAUUCUGAUGAUUUACAUCUCCACCGACUAUGUCUUUCCAGGCCGGCCCGGCGAGGCCCCUUACGAAGCCGAUGCUACCCCGGAGCCCACUAACCUCUACGGCCAGACCAAGCUGGAUGGCGAAAAGGCCGUCCGGGAGGAGUAUGCCAUCGCUGGAAAGGAAGGACUCGGCGUUGUCCUUCGAGUCCCGGUGCUGUACGGCCACGCGGAGAACCCUUCGGAAAGCGCCGUCAACGUGCUCAUGGACAGCGUCUGGAAGGCCCAGACACAAGGCACCAAGAUCAAGAUGGACCAUUGGGCCAUCCGCUACCCUACCAACACGGAAGACGUCGCAAGAAUCUGUCACGAUGUGGCGAUCAAAUAUCUCGACUCGAGCGAUCGCAAGCAUCUGCCGCAGAUCCUCCAGUUCUCCAGCGAAGACAAAGUGACCAAGUACGAGAUCUGCCAGCGCUUUGGCGAAAUCAUGGGCUUGUCCAUUGCCAACAUUGAGCCCAACACGGAGGGCAACGACCCCAACGCCAGCGUGCAACGGCCGUAUGAUUGCCACCUGAGCACCCGGGAGCUCAAGAAUCUCGGCAUCGACGUUUCGACAUGCGAUUUCGUCAGCUGGUGGCGCCGCGAGGUUCGAGCUUUUCGCAAAUAG